GCAGAUGCAGACACAUUCUCAUGCACAGACACACAGGGACAUACCACACACAGUCAUGCACACACAGACACAUGCACACACAAACGUACACACAGACACAGCAGUGACAUAUGCACACACACACCAUGUACACAGACACAGAUGGGCACACAUAUAUCCACACAGAUGCGCAGACACACAUACACUCAGACAUACACACCACAGAGAUGUGCACACACACACACGGACUCAGACACACGGAGACAUUCUGACGUACAGACACGCAUGCAAGGACAUCCCACACAGAGAGGUGCACACAGAGACUCAGAAACACACAGAGACACAGACACACAAGCACAGCAGACGGUCACAUCCACAGAGACACCCACAGACACACACCAUGCACAUAGAUGCAGACACACAAACAUGCACACACAGACACACAACCACAGCAGUCACAUAUGCACACAACCACUGGCACACAGCAUGCACACAGAGUCAGACACAGACGGACACACAGAGAUGCACACACACAGACAUGCACACAUACCCCCACAGACACACACACAUACCCUCACAGAAACAGACGCAACCACACAUCACAGAGACGUUCACAUGCACACAGACACCCAGAGACAGUUUCACGCAGAGACACACACACAAGGACAUACAACACACAGACAUGCACGCACAGAGACAGAACACAAGCACAGCAGUUACAUAUGCACACAAGAUACAGACACACCAUGCACACAGAUGCAGACACACAGAUGUACACACAGACACAUGCACACAGAGACACAGACACACAAGCACAGCAGUCACACACAGACACCUACCAGCACACAGCAUGCACGCAAAUGCACACAUACACGGGCACACAGAGACGCACAUACACAGACGCACACGCAUACCCUCACAGAAACAUGCAACCACACGCCACAGAGACGUGCACACACACGCUGACAGAGACACAGACAGUCUCACGCACAGACACACACACAAGGACAUACUACACACAGACAUACACACAGAGACACAGACACAGAAGCACAGCAGUUACAUAUGCACAUAAGACAGAGACACACCAUGCACACAGAUGCAGACACACAGACAUGCACACACAGACACACGUGCGCACAGAGACACACACACACGAGCACAACAGUCAUAUAUGUACACAGACACCCACAGGCACACAGAUGCAGAUGGACAUGCACACAUAUACCCACACAGACACACACACAUACCCUCACAGAAACAUGCAACCACACACCAGAGAUGUGCACACACAUGCGGAUGCAGACACACACACACACAGACAUUGUCACGCACAGACAUGCUCAAGCACCACACACGCACAUACACAUGCACACAGACAGACGCACAGUAGACAGUCACAUUUGCACACAGAUACCCACCAUGGAAACGCCCAGGCAAAAACACAGGUGCGCACACAGCCAUGCACUCUGUCUAGAAAGAGAUGAUGGAGCCUGGAAAAGGUUAGCAGGGUGAACACCAGAAGGGCUCACCUGCUGCGAAGUGGAUCUGCGCUGCCUGCGGUCUGGCGGGUUGGAAGUGGGCGGCCAGCUCGAUGAUGUCCGGGAGGUCAAACACAGUCACCUGCAUACGAGGGUACUCACGGGCCAGCUUUCGGGCCAGUGCACCCGUGCAGCCUGCAGGGAAGCAAAUGCACGCUCUGUGGCCAGGUCGUCCUGGCGCCCAUGGAACGCUGACGACUCUCCAAAGCUCAACCGGGGCAGAAGUAAUAUUCGAGGGCAUGGCACUGAGACCCAUGCUGGAAGGGGAAGCCAGCGGUGGGGAGCUCACUGGUGUCCCAGACAAGACUGUACAAGCAGACAGAGUCUCGCUCUGUCGCCCAGGCUGGAGGGCAGUGGCGUGAUCUCAGCUCACUGCAACCACCACAUCCUGGGUUCAAACGAUUCUCCUGCCUCAGCCUCUUGAGUAGCUGGGACUACAGGCACGCACCACCAUGCCCAGAUAAUUUUUUUUGUAUUUUUAGUAGAGACGGGGUUUCAGCAUGUUGGCCAGGCUGGUCUCGCACUCCUGACCUCAGGUGAUCAGCCCACCUUGGCCUCCCAAGCUAGCUGGGAUUACAGGCUCAUGCCACCAUGCCCAGCCUAAUUGUUAAUUUUUUGUAGAGAUGGGGUCUCACUAUGUUGCCCAGGCUGGCCUCAAACUCCUGGGCUCAAAUCAUCCUCCCAACUUGGCCUCCCGAAGAGCUGGGAGUGACAGGUGUGAGCCCCUGAGCAUGGCCUUCAAACCUGUUUCUAGGAGGAAAUUCUGUUUUCAUCAGCUGCUGGAUAACAGUGGAGGAUGUCUACCUUGCACCUGUUCCAGGGCUGAGUGACGCAAUAGCCACAGCACUAAGUUCUCCAGGCAGAAUGAGCCAAGCCUUUGGGAUCUGUCAGACUGGAGACAGACUGAUCAAGAUGCCUACUGAUCUGUGUGUCAAAGUGCUUUAGCAAAAUGCACGCUACAUGGAAAGGUGUCCGCGGCGGUGUUACGCUACCUGGAACAGAUCUUCCACCUUCUUCCCCAACAGCCUGUGGUGCUGGUGUGUUCCCUCUCGGAUGGCAAACUCCAGGUAUGUAAAGAGGUUCCAGGUGAGGUCAUUUUUGUGCAUGAUGAUGCCAUGCAGAGAGUAUUCACCGUCCGAUGCCAGGUAGAGGUUCGCUGUCUCUGUGUUACUGUAACCUGAAGAAACAGGGACAGUCGUGUGACCUCCUAACGAGAAAAUCCAAGGAAACCUGACCGUAGGGGAUGUAUAAUUGAGAUGUUAAAAUAAACAUCAUCCAUCUGACUAUAGCAAACUGUACCCUCAAAGAAACUGGACCGUAGGGGAUGCAUCAUUGAGAUGUUAAACAUCAUCCAUCUGACUAUAGCAAACUGUACACUCAAGGAAACCUGACUGUAGGGGAUGCAUCACUGAGAUGUUAAAAUAAACAUCAUCCAUCUGACUAUAGCAAACCGUACACUCAAGGAAACCUGACUGUAGGGGAUGCAUCAUUGAGAUGUUAAAAUAAACAUCAUCCAUCUGACUAUAGCAAACCGUACACUCAAGGAAACCUGACCGUAGGGGAUGCAUCAUUGAGAUGUUAAAAUAAACAUCAUCCAUCUGACUAUAGCAAACCGUACACUCAGGGUCAGCUGGGCGGGAAAACAGCAGCCACCACGCCCCAGCUGUCGACUGCUGUAACUGUUAUGCACUGAGGCUGAUCCUUCAUGAUCGUGGCCACGCUCAAGUUCCCAGUUAUGCAGGCAAACACCCGUCUAGAUGUGGCUGUGGAGGUGUGCUGUAGCUGGCGUUUGUAUCUACCAUCGGUUUGACUUUAAGUAAAGGAGAUUAACCGCCCAAAAUGUGCGCUGGCCUCAUCCAGCUCAUUGAAAACCCCAGAAGCAAACAUUAGGCUUUCCUGGAGGAGAAAUUCCACUUGAAGAUGGCAGCAGCAGCUCCUGCCUGAGCUUCCAGCCUGCUGACCGGCCCUGUGGAUUUUGGACUUGCCAGCCCGCGCAAUCACAAUUCCGAGACCCUGGUGUCCAGUUGAUGUUCUGCAAGGACAGAGCCCUGGGGGUGAGCAUGGACGCCAGCUUGUCACCUCCGUGCCCUGACAGCUGCAUGGCUGUGCUGUGGAGGUGCUGCUUGGAAGGCCCCAAAACAAAGAGUGCUACCAGGAACAAAUCAACCUCUUCCCCUCCAGGGCUGCGUUUGGUGACCCGUAAUGACGACCUCCCGCAGCAGGAAGUGGCCGGAAAGAACAUACCACCCCUCGUCCCUUUAUUACUAGAGGGUCUGGAUUCACAGAACAGGAGCAUUGCCAUCUUGGACACACACCGCCAUCUUGGACCCAUAACGCCAUCUUGGACACACACCAUCUUGGACACACACCGCCAUCUUGGACACAUACCGCCAUCUUGGAUAAGCACCACCAUCUUGGACACACAACGCCAUCUUGGAUAAGCACCACCAUCUUGGACACACAGCAUCUUGGACACACAGCAUCUUGGACACACACCACCAUCUUGGAUACGCACUGCCAUCUUGGACACACACCGCCAUCUUGGACACAUACCGCCAUCUUGGAUAAGCACCACCAUCUUGGACACACAACGCCAUCUUGGAUAAGCACCACCAUCUUGGACACACAGCAUCUUGGACACACAGCAUCUUGGACACACACCACCAUCUUGGAUACGCACUGCCAUCUUGGACACACACCGCCAUCUUGGAUAAGCACCACCAUCUGGGACACACACCAUCUUGGACACACACCACCAUCUUGGAUAAGCAUCACCAUCUUGGACACACAGCAUCUUGGACACACACCACCAUCUUGGAUACGCACUGCCAUCUUGGACACACACUGCCAUCUUGGACACACACCACCAUCUUGGACCCAUAACGCCAUCUUGGACACACACCACCAUCUUGGACCCAUAACGCCAUCUUGGACAAGCGCCACCAUCUUGGACACACACCGCCGUCUUGGAUAAGCACGACCAUGUUGGACACACACCAUCUUGGACACACACCAUCUUGGACACACGCCACCAUCUUGGAUAAGCACCACCAUCUUGGACACACACCGCCAUCUUGGACCCAUAACGCCAUCUUGGACAAGCGCCGCCAUCUUGGACACACACCACCAUCUUGGAUAAGCACCACCAUCUUGGACACACACCAUCUUGGACACACACCGCCAUCUUGGAUAAGCAUCACCAUGUUGGACACACACCAUCUUGGACACACACCGCCAUCUUGGAUAAGCACCCCCAUUUUGGACACACACCACCAUCUUGGAUAAGCAUCACCAUCUUGGACACACAGCAUCUUGGACACACACCACCAUCUUGGAUACGCACUGCCAUCUUGGACACACACUGCCAUCUUGGACACACACCACCAUCUUGGACCCAUAACGCCAUCUUGGACACACACCACCAUCUUGGACCCAUAACGCCAUCUUGGACAAGCGCCACCAUCUUGGACACACACCGCCGUCUUGGAUAAGCACGACCAUGUUGGACACACACCAUCUUGGACACACACCAUCUUGGACACACGCCACCAUCUUGGAUAAGCACCACCAUCUUGGACACACACCGCCAUCUUGGACCCAUAACGCCAUCUUGGACAAGCGCCGCCAUCUUGGACACACACCACCAUCUUGGAUAAGCACCACCAUCUUGGACACACACCAUCUUGGACACACACCGCCAUCUUGGAUAAGCAUCACCAUGUUGGACACACACCAUCUUGGACACACACCGCCAUCUUGGAUAAGCACCCCCAUUUUGGACACACACCACCAUCUUGGAUAAGCAUCACCAUCUUGGACACACAUCAGCAUCUUGGACAGACACCGCCAUCUUCGACAAGCACUGCCAUUUUAAGUUCCCUUGAUUAAAAACUGCCUAAAACCAGCCCCAAAACAUCAGCCUAAUGACUAAUGUCAGCAUGACCAGAAACAGUCAAACCCUGAAAUAAACUGCCUCUGACCAGAAACAUCCCAAGCCCAAGAUAACCUCCCCUCAGACCAGAGACAUUCCAACCCCUCAGUCAACUUUGCCUCACACAGAAACAUUCCGAGCCUGCGAUAAGAUUCCUCUUCCUGAACCCUUAAAUACCCGUAGUCCGUAAGAGAGAACACUCCUGACCUAACUCAGCCAGAAGCCCCACUCAGGCUUGUUCUCCAAAAUAAACCCAUCUUUGACUG